AUGUCCGCAAAUAUCGUCUUGGACAGCCGCCAUACCCAUUACACAAACCUGGACUUCCUCAAAGGCAAGGUUGUGCUACAGCUACCCACUGAAGCAGCCAUCGGGGCCAUUCAGGUCAAAUUGGAGUGCGAAAGCCGCACUCGUCUAUCCGGUCCCAGGAACCCCCAAAAUGUGCACUCGGACAAAAAGCGAACGGAGCUUGAGGUUCACAAGAUCUUGUACAAGGUUGCUACCGUCUUCCCGACACCAGGCGUGAUGCAGAAUGGGUCCCCUGCGCCUGCAUAUACUUUUGCCGCAGGGUUAUAUGAGUAUCCUUUCGAAUUCAAGUUCCCCUUCAAUAAUUCAUGCAGCACCACCAACAGCAUGCUCACCAAUCUAAACUUUUCCGGGUUGAAAGUCGAGGUAGCUAAAGACACCAACCGACACGUCAGAAAGACUCUCCCGCCAUCUUUAAGCGGGUUCCCAGGCGUGGCAGAUAUCAAAUACUUCGUCAAGGCCACAGUCAUCCGGCCGCAAUUCUACAAAGAAAACAUCAGAUCGAUUGUACCUCUAAACUUUCUUCCAAUCGAGCCACCAAGAGUCGGGAAUCCUAAUGAGGAAACCUACGCUAGGCGGCAACACCAAUUCUCCAAAACACUCGUUGCGCCUAAGAAAAAGAGCAUCUUCUCACGGGGAUCUUCUGCACCCCAAGAGACAUUCGCAGAGCCUCCUCGGGUGUCUGUGGAUGCUAGACUUCCCAACCCGUCUAUUCUCACGUGCAACGAACCUGUCCCCCUCCGUCUCCUCGCUAAAAAGCUGACCGACGGACCGGAAGUAAUCUUUCUUCAGAUGUUGCAGGUGGAACUAAUAUCCUACACGAAAAUUUUGGCCCAAGACCUCACCCGCACUGAAAGCAACUCGUGGGUUAUCAUGAGCCGCAGCAAUAUGAGUAUCGCGUUAGGCAAGCCAGAGGACCCCGUAGGCACUGAUUGGACUAUUGAUCCAAACCUGUGGAAUCGGUAUCCCUUACCUAACUCGGUGGCACCGUCCUUUGAGACAUGUAACAUUGAAAGAUCUUACGAGCUGGAAAUUCGAGUAGGCUUGACUCAUGGAUUCCAGCCUCAACUUAUUGUUCUACCCCUGCGAAUGCCAGUCAGAGUAUUCUCAGGAAUUGCUCCACCACAGGCCCUCCUGGAUGCAAUGGCCGCUGCAUCACUUCAGCCAUCAUCAGCCACUAAACUGAAACCCCAGCCCAGCUUGCCAGCAGAGCCGGGAAGCAGCCGACCACCCAUGCCACCACGGCCGACUGGCGAGCCUGUACCCGUCAAUUCUGGUGAUGUAUACGACGACGCACCACCCAGCUACGAGGAUGCCAUGGGAGACCACCUGAGUCCAGUGGAUGGACCACGCCGCGAGUAUCACCCACCAGACGCCUCAUCACAAACCCCAGUAGAAUCUGGAUCUGAUUCCAAGUCCGCAGGCCAACCGGGUAAGGCGCUUGAGGAUGGGCCCGCGGCAGAAGGAUCCUCGGCGCCUCGUCUCCGAGGCAAUCGUGCUUCCUCAGAGUCCUUCGAUAUGCUACCUACCACACCGCCGGAAUCCCAAUCUGGAUCGCCUCCCGCAUCCCCCGUGAGACGUCCAGCGAGCAUGAUGAAAAUUUCUCGGAACACCGUUGAUGAAGAAAGUCCGCCGCAAUAUGAGCCUGUUGCGGGGAAUCAGCUCAACACCCCCCAAGCUGUGCAACGCCAGCCUUCACGAAAUAAUCUUCGUCCUAUGAACUUGGGUGUUCCUAAUCGGAAGCCUGUGCCACGAAGUCCAAAUCCUUGA